CCAGAACCUUCCAGAAGGACCCAGAACCUUCUAGAAAGGACCACGGGACUCUUCCUGUGUCUUGGACAUUCCAGAAGGUUCCAGAACCUUCCUGAUGGGACCCAGAAGCUUCCAGAAGGGACCAAAGCCCUUCCUGAGCAUCCAGAACUUUCCAGAAGGAUCCAGGGCCAUUCCUGAAGGACAUUCCAUGGAAUUCCAGAACCUUCUAUGAGGUUUCAGAACUUCCAGGACUUUCCACAGGGAUCCAAAAAUUCCAGAAUUUUUUAUGGAUUUCAGAACUUCCAGAACAUUCCAUGGAAUUCUAGAAGCUUCCAGAAGAACCGAGAACCUCCCAAAGAGGACCAAGAACCUUCCAGAAGGAACUGAGACUAUCCCAAUGGAUCCAGAACAUUCCAUGGAAUUCCAGAACCUUCCAUAAGGGAUCAGGACCUUCAUGGUGGGACCCAGAACGUUCCAUGGAAUUCCAGAAGCUUCUGAAGAAGACCAAGGCCAUUCCUGAGGGACCCAGAAGCUUCCAUGAAGUUCCAGAAGCUUCCAAAGGGGACCAAACCCCCCUCUUGUGGCUCCAGAACAUUCCAUGGAAUUCCAGAAGCUUCCAGAAGAACCGAGAACCUCCCAAAAGGGACCGAGAACCUUCCAGAAGGAACCCAGAACUUCCCAGAUGGAACGGAGACAAUCCCAAUGGAAUUCCAGAAGCUUCCAGAAGGAUCCAGAACCUUCCAAAGAGGACCAAGAGCCUUUCAGGAGAUCCAGAACAUUCCAGAAGGUUCCAUAAGGGACCAAAGCCCUUCCUGUGGCUCCAGAACAUUCCAGAAAGACCCAAGACCUUCAUGGUGGGACCCAGAAGCUUCCAUGAAGUUCCAGAACCUUCCAAAGGGGACCAAGAACCUUCCAGAAGGAACCCAGAACUUCCCAGAUGGAACGGAGACAAUCCCAAUGGAAUUCCAGAAGGAUCCAGAAGCUUCCAAAGGAGACCGAGAGCCUUUCAGGAGAUCCAGAACAUUCCAGAAGCUUCCAGAAGGGACCAAAGCCCUUCCUGUGGCUCCAGAACUUUCCAGAAGGACCCAAGACCUUCAUGGUGGGACCCAGAAGCUUCCAUAGAAUUCCAGAAGCUUCCAAAUAUGGGACCGAGACCUUCCAUGGGGAUCCAGAACCUUCCAGAAGGACCCAGAACCUUCUAGAAAGGACCAUGGGACUCUUCCUGUGUCUUGGACAGUCCAGAAGGUUCCAGAAGCUUCCUGAUGGGACCCAGAAGGUUCCAGAAGGGACCAAAGCCCUUCCUGAACAUCCAGAAGGAUCCAGAAGCUUCCAUGAAGUUCCAGAAGCUUCCAUAAGGGACCAGGACCUUCAUGGUGGGACCCAGAACAUUCCAUGGAAUUCCAGAAGCUUCUGAAAAGAACCAAGGCCAUUCCUGAAGGACCCAGAAGCUUCCAUGGAAUUCCAGAACCUUCCAAAGGGGACCAAAACCCCCUCCUGUGGCUCCAGAACAUUCCAUGGAAU